AUGGCAGAGUCAGCGACAAAGAGACUCAAGAUCUCCCCCGUCACGAUCGGCACCCACAAUGGUCACUUCCACGCGGAUGAGGCCCUCGCUGUGUACAUGCUUCGACUCCUCCCUACCUAUAACGAUAGCAAGCUCAUCCGUACGCGCGAUCCGGCUCUUCUCGAUACCUGCCACACGGUGGUAGAUGUUGGCGGAGAAUACGACGCUGCAAAAGAAAGAUAUGACCAUCAUCAGCGGACUUUCAAUACCACAUUCCCCAACCGUCCUACGAAGCUGUCAUCCGCUGGUUUAGUUUACAUGCACUUUGGGAAGGCUAUUAUUGCACAGAAACUGGGAGUCGCCGAGGAUGCCGAGGAAGUUAGCGUUAUUUGGGAGAAGAUUUACACCAGCUUUAUUGAAGCGUUGGAUGCUCACGACAAUGGAAUAUCUGCUUACGAUCCCAAGGCGAUCUCCGCGGCAGGCUUAGAAAAAAGAUUCAGUGAUGGUGGUUUCUCUCUAGGUGCUAUGGUAUCAAGACUGAACCCAAAUUGGAACGACCCAACACCUUCGGAUCCUGUGCAGGCACAAGCGGCGGAAGACGAGAAAUUUCUAGUCGCGAGUGCUCGGAUGGGAGAGGAAUUUUCGCGAGAUUUAGAUUACUACACCAAAUCGUGGUUACCUGCAAGGGAAAUUGUCCACAAGGCAUACCAGAAGCGCUUGGAGCACGAUCCCCAAGGACGGAUUUUGGUGUUCGAUGGGCAGUCCGUUCCCUGGAAAGAUCAUCUUUACACGCUUGAGGAGAAGGAAGGUGGCGAGGCAAAGAUUCUUUAUGUUUUAUACCCAGAAAAGCCGGUGCCAGAUGCUAAGUGGAGGAUUCAGUGCGUACCAGUUACCAAGGACUCCUUCGAAAGUAGAAAGCCGUUGCCAGAGGCAUGGAGAGGGUUCAGAGAUGACGAAUUGAGCGGUAUCACUGGCGUUGAUGGAGGCGUCUUCGUUCAUGCGGCUGGAUUCAUUGGCGGUAACAAGACUUUCGAGGGUGCUAAGACUAUGGCCGUGAAGGCGCUUGAUAUUUAG